GACUCUUUCACUUAUUUUGAAUCCAGAAUUGUACUAUAUUCAAGAUAGGGGUGGAACCUUCCGUUGACUCGAGCCCAAGUACUCCGUAGAGCACACGACAUGCCUGUUGGAGUCUCGCUUGUCAAUUGCAUCACAUCACCCUGACUUGAUCUCUCCUAUCUUUUUUUUUCUCAUUCUUCCUCCUCUUCUUCUUCUUUUCCCUGGUGUCGGCUUCCUUUCUUCACUUCUUCUACCAAUUUCCCCCUCUUCUUUUUUUAAUCCUUCUUCUUCCCCCGUCUUUGCCCUCUUCUCGUCAAUAUUUUUAAUUUUCCUUUCCUUCUCGUCCCCCAUCUUCAACUCCUUCCUUCCCCUUGUCUUCCACGGAAAGCUCGAUUCACUAGCUUCCGCACAUAUACACUUCCGACAUGGCGGACUAUACUGGUGAGGUGAGGUAUCCAGACACUAAUGGUGUUAGUCCCAUCAAAUCCGAGGUCUCCCGCACUGAACAAGAGUCGCAUGACUUGAAAAACUCGAGGGUCGUUCCCUCCACAACCACUGCUACUGGGCAGCCCCUGACCUACUAUCACUCGUUGCUGUACAGCUUGCUCAGCUGGGAAGAACCCCGUGCUACGGCUGCAUCUUUCGCAAGUGUUGUUGCCUUCAUUUUCGCCGCCCGUUACCUGCCUCUCCUUCGCUGGUUCUUCAAAUUCCUUUACGUCGCUCUCGGAUUUACCGCUGCACUGGAGAUUGGUGGGAGAAUUGUUCUAUCUCAAGGCCUCGCUAGUUCCUUCCGUCCUCGCAAAUACUAUACGAUUCCCAAGGAGACCAUCGAAGCUGUGUUGGAGGAUUUUGAACAGCUCGUUGACUUUGUUCUCAUCGAGUUCCAACGUAUUCUCUUUGCUGAGAAUGUGAUUCACACUGUGGCUGCUUUCUCCGCCGCAUUCACUGCUUAUUGGCUGAUCAAGUUCCUCUCCUUCUGGGGACUGUCCCUCCUGGCUGUCACCAUUGCGUAUCUCGGACCCCUCGUCUACAUUAAUAACCGCGAAAUCAUUGAUGCGCAGAUUGAGAAUGCCCAGGCAAUUGUUAGCUCUCAAGCACACCAGCUGAAGGACUUGGCUGGUGAGCAUACUUCUCAUGCUACCGAUGUUGUGAAGCAGUAUGUUGGAGGCUACAGCUCCAAGGCUCAGGAGUAUAUUGGACAUCGUCGUUCCGCCUCGCCCGAGAUGACCAAGGCUCCUAGCCCCGUCAUCAAACAGGAGCCAGAGGCGGAGUCUCUGAUCACAACCACUGACUUCCCUGAAGCUCCCAAGGAUGAGCCCGUGAUGCAAUCAAUCGAGCAUUCUCCCCAACCUGCGGAGGAGGAGCCCGUUUUAGCCGUUUAGGCGGAGAUUCUAUGAACAUCUAUUGGUCCUAGUUCUCGCCCAGCUCAUUCUCCCAGAAGGUUGCCAGGAAGAAGAUAAAUAGGUGGUUCUUACUGGCAGUACACUAUGCUGAAGGGCUACUCUUGUGAAUUGGAAAUACUGGUAAAGAGCUUGGAUGAUGUAGCAAAGGGACGAUUCGCUUGGCCGUGUACGAUGACGAGAUGGUACGAUUUCUUUUGAAAGCUUCUUUCAACCCUAUUUUUUUUUUCAUUUUCCUUUUCUUCUCUCUCUCGCAUUUUUCCCCCUCUUCUUUUUCGCCCUGUUUGCUUCUUCUUCUUCUUCUCCUUCUUUCUUCUGGCCCUAUUACUUUCCCCUUCUUUGCAGUAUAGAAUUUUAUCAAGUCUUCGUUUCUUCAUAUGGAAUUGUUAUUUUUGUACAUGCAAUUUUGUACCCAGUAAAUAGUAUUGAGUAAUAGCCAUUCUUCAAUUCACGGUAUCACGUCCACAACCCA